GAUUAUUCUCCAUUUCUCCAUCCAUUUGUGCGGUACUAACUGAAAAAUUUCUUACGAAUUUUCGGCCUAUUGAAUAUUAUUAUUCAUUUGAUUUAAUUUUAAACUCUGGUUUCCGAAAACUUUUUUAAGGAAUUAAGCAAAAAUGGCUGAGCCAAUUCGUGUUGUUGUCACUGGUGCUGCCGGUCAGAUCGCAUACUCUCUGCUUUAUAUGAUUGCACGCGGCGAGGUGUUCGGCAAAGAACAACCUUUAGUUUUGCAUUUACUCGAUAUUCCCCCAAUGAUGGGAGUACUUGAGGGUGUUGUCAUGGAGUUGGCCGAUUGUGCUCUGCCACUCUUGCGUCAAGUUAUCCCCACCGCUGAUCCCGCUGUAGCAUUUAAGGAUGUAGCCGCUGCCUUUUUGGUCGGCGCCAUGCCACGCAAAGAGGGUAUGGAACGUAAGGAUCUGUUGUCCGCCAAUGUAAAAAUCUUCAAGGCACAAGGUCAAGCUAUCGACCAGCACGCACGCAAGGAUAUUAAGGUCUUGGUUGUUGGCAAUCCAGCCAAUACCAACGCAUUGGUAUGCUCACACUAUGCACCAUCAAUUCCACGUGAGAAUUUCACAGCCAUGACCCGUUUGGAUCAAAAUCGUGCUACCGCACAAAUUGCCGCUAAAUUAGGCGUACCAAUUAGUGCCGUUAAAAAUGUGGUAAUUUGGGGUAAUCACUCGUCCACACAAUUCCCUGACCCCAGCAAUGGUAUUGUUGAAAUUAACGGCAGCACCAAACGCGUCUGGGAUGCUGUCAACGAUGCUGCCUUUUUGCAAGGUAACUUUGUGGAAACCGUGCAGAAGCGUGGUGCUGCUGUUAUUGCUGCACGUAAAAUGUCAUCGGCCAUGUCGGCGGCUAAAGCGGCUUGCGAUCAUAUGCACGAUUGGUGGCAUGGUACCACAUCUGGUCAGUUCGUUUCGAUGGGUGUUCUUUCUGACGGUAGCUACGGUGCCCCAAAGGAUGUUGUUUUCUCAUUCCCAGUAGAAAUCAGCAAUGGUAAAUGGAAGAUUGUACAAGGUUUGCAAUUGGAUGACUUUGCCAAAUCGAAGUUGGCUGUCACCGGCAAGGAACUGGAGGAAGAGAAAGGAGAAGCUAUGGCUGUCUGUUCUGCAGAUUGACUAGCUACAACGGAUGCUAAGUUGUAAAAGCGCAAGCUACAUGUGCAAUUAUAAAUUAUUUUAUAUACACAUAACAGUAGUACAGCGCUCACACUUACACAAAAUAUAAAUCAUGUAAUAAGUAAAAAAAGUGUUUCAACGAAAGUGUCCAAUAUAAUAAUAAUAGAAAUUGACUCAUUAGUUCAUUAUUAAAAAAAAAAUUAAGAGUAAAGCAAUGAAUAAAUAUAUAUAUGUUCAUAA